AUGAAGUUCACUGUUCCAGCUCUUGCUGCUCUCAUACUUGGGUGUCUUGGGUCACACAUAGAUGUAAAAGUAUAUACAAGAAUUGUAGGUGGGGAAGAAGCCACAGCAGAAGAACCAAAUGUGGUGUUUCUACUAAACCAUGACACCAAAGCACAAUGUACUGGUACAUGUAUCAAUAGCCACUGGGUUCUUACAGCUGCAAACUGCAAUCCUGGAGGUACAGCAAAAGAUUUCAUUGUGAUAUCAGGGAAGGACAACAGCGGACAAGACAGAAACCAUACUAUUACAGAAUGGAUUAAUCAUAAAGAAUACAAUGAUAGUAAAUACUGGGACAAUAACAUUGCUUUGGUGAAGGUGGAACCAAUAAUUGAAGGCAUACAUGAAGUUGUCCUUCCUACAACUGAAGAUGCAGACUACAGUGAUGAGACUGGCUCUGCAUUUGGUUGGGGGGCCAACUGUGGCUUCUGUGGCUGGAGUGAAACUUUAAGGAAGGUUGACAACCUGAAGAUCUAUAGUCAUGAAGACUGUGAAAAAAUCUAUGGAGGAGGGCCAACAAACAGUACAAUCUGUGCAGGAAAUCCUGAUACUUUGGAAGGAAUAUGUGAUGGUGACAAUGGUUCCCCACUCAUGGUCAGAAAUGUGAUCGUUGGCAUUACUUCUUGGAUAAGACAUCCAUGUGCUUCACAACCAGCAGUAUUUACCAAAGUCUCACAUUAUAAAACAUGGAUCUCUACAAUUACUUCUAUUUCAAAAUGAACAUUUACAGAAGUCUAUGGUUCAUGUUACUAAUAAUA